CGCACGAGGAGGAGCAAGAUGAACAGAUUUUUGGUGAGACAAUUGAGAGGUUAUGCUACUAAGCCAUAUGAAGUUUUCAACAGGGCUACAAAGAUAAGGCAGAGAGAAAGAGCUGCCAAUUUACCUCAGUCAGAAGAGGUUGAAUACUUAAGGGAUGAAGUUGCCCGCAGGGCCAUUGAAAGAUUGACUUUUAUCAAGAGAGACUUCCCCAAAGUGCUUAAUAUCGGAAGUGGGUCUGGAAAUUUGCAGAAACAACUUGUAGAAGGGGAAGAUGAGGAUACAAAAAUGGUGAAUUCGAAGUUCUCUGACUGGACGAUGUUGGAUUCUUCAGAAACGAUGCUGAACAGGUGGAACGACCAUCAGUACAACGAUAUGCUAAAAGUGACCAAGAUUGUUGGAGAUGAAGAGGAGUUGGACCAUCCAGAUCUGAAGCCUGAAUCCUUUGACGCAGUCCUGUCCAACAUGAGUCUCCAUUGGGUUAAUGACCUUCCCUUAACAUUGAAAAAGAUCAACGGGUUGUUGAAGAAAGAUGGCCUCUUUCUUGCUAGCAUGAUCAGCGAGGACUCUGUGUACGAGCUCAGAACAUCUUUACAACUUGCAGAGUCUGAACGUCGUGGUGGUAUCUCAGCAAGGGUUUCACCUUUGGUGACAGUGAACGACAUCAGCUCUUUGUUGAAGCAAAGUGGGUUCAACCUUGUUACCAUCGACGUUGAUGAGAUUGUUGUGGGCUAUCCUGAUCUUUUUGCAAUAUUGGAGGACUUGCAACUCAUGGGUGAACAAAAUGCAACGAACACAUUAGUCAGUGCACUUCCUAGAGAUCUGUUGCUAGCAACCCAGGCAAUUUAUAAAGUCUUCCACGGUGACAGUGACGGAUCGCUGCCUCUUACAUACAGGGUACUCUUUAUGAUUGGAUGGAAAGCCUCUGAAACACAACCAAAGCCACUUGAUAGGGGAUCUGGUGAGUUUUCCCUGAAAGAUGUGCUAUGACUUGUACAUAUUGUUUUUACAUCAUGUUUAUUAUUUAUUUAUUUAUAUUAAAGAUAUAUAUAUACGUUGGCAAUGGCCUAUCCUAUCAGUGAACAUACCCACUAACUGGGACAACUGGGACUGGCAGAG